AUGACCAAUUUGCACGACCAUCGAAUACAAAUAAGAUGCGAUCCUGGACUUGAUCAAAGAGUCUUCAAUACUCCUUCAGCAUCUCAAGUAGCCGCUGUAUGGAUUGAGGAUGAUGACAAUGCAAAUAUUCGUGUUCGUGAUAUUACUAUAUAUGGUUAUUCUGGUGAUUCACAUAAGGUUCACUAUUAUUAUGGUUGUUAUGAUCCUUUACAAUACCCUUUACUUUUCCCAUUUGGAGAACUUGGUUGGCAUGAAGGUAUUCAGAGAUACAAAAAAACAUAUUUUGAAACUCAGAAUUUACCCGAUUGCGUAGCUUUUCCUAGCACAGUAAAUUUUGCAACUGAAAUCAUUGCAAAUGAGGCUCAAGCAUUCAAUGGAAUGAGGAAACGAUCACAGGUUUCCUGCCGCGAGUACUAUUCUUACAAGUUACAAAUUAGGCCUUCUAGUAAGUCUGUGUUGCUUCAUACUGGUAGACUUUUUCAACAAUAUGUUGUAGAUAUGUAUGUUAAAAUUGAAACUGCCAGAUUAGACUAUUUUCGUAGCAAUCAGAAACAAAUUCGUGCUGAACUUUAUCAAAGUAUUGUGGAUAGUGUUCAAAAUGGUGAAACAAGAGGGUCAAAAAUUGGAAAGAAGAUUGUUCUACCACAAACUUUCACAUGUGGGCCUAGAGAUAUGCUUAAAAGAUAUUUAGAUGCAAUGGCUAUCGUCCAACGUUAUGGAAAACCAGAUAUAUUUCUAACUAUAACAUGUAAUCCAUAUUGGCCAGAAAUUAUGCAAGAACUCAAACACAAUGACGAAGUUCAAAAUCGACCAGAUUUAAUUGCACGUAUAUUUAGAGCAAAAUUGGAAGAGUUAAAGAACGAUUUAUACAAAGAAAAUAUUUUUGGUUCAGUUGUUGCUCAUAUAUACAUGAUUGAAUUUCAAAAAAGAGGGCUCCCUCAUGCCCAUUUAUUGUUGAUUUUCAACUCUGCCCAUAAAAUUUGUUGUGCUGAACAAGUUGAUAUGAUAGUGUCAUGUGAAAUUCCCGAUAAGAAUAAAUACUUGCAUCUUAAUUCUGUAAUUGCAAAACACAAUAUGCAUGGCCCUUGUGGAACCCUUAAUCCAAAAAAAGUAUGUAUGUUGGCAAGUAGUGGUUGUAAAAAUAAAUAUCCUAAGGAUUAUUGUAACAGUACUAUAUUUGGUGAUAAUUCAUAUCCCUUGUAUAGACGUUGUGAUAAUGGUAUUUCUAUUAAAGUAAGAGGCCAAAUGUUAGAUAAUCGGUGGGUUGUACCAUAUAAUCCUUAUUUAAGUGCAAAAUUUGACUAUCAUAUUAACGUUGAAGUAUGUUCUUAUAUUAAAGCAGUAAAAUAUUUGUACAAAUAUGUGUAUAAAGGACAUGAUCAAAUUUAUCCUACUGUUUACGCUUUACAACUUCAUAUUAAAGAUCAUCAGCACGUAACUUAUAAUAGUAAAGAUGAUUUAUCUGUUAUUAUUGGAAAUGAGUAUACGAGAAGAACAAUGCUAACUGAAUUUUUUCGGAUGAAUGAAGUAAAUGAAUUUGCUCGAACGCUAUUGUAUCGAGAUUUUCCAACACAUUUUGUGUGGAAUGCAAUUGGAAAAACUUGGACUCCCAGAAAACAACACAUUGUUAUAGGGCGAAUCGUGACAGUUAAUCCAUCCGAAGGAAAACGUUAUUUCCUUCGUGUUCUUCUGAAUCAUAUUAAAGGUCCAACAUCAUAUGACAGUUUUAAAACUUUAAAUGGAGUAACAGUCAAUACAUAUCGAGAAGUAGCACGUUUACAUGGUUUGUUAAAAGGAGACAACCAUUGUGAAGAAUGUCUAUCUGAAGCCAUUAUUUACAAAAUGCCCAGUUCUUUAAGACGUCUUUUUGCUACACUUCUUACACUUUGCAACCCUAAUUAUCCAAAGUUAUUGUGGGAUAAAUAUAAAGCCUAUAUGAUUGAUGAUUAUGUACAUCGAAACAUAUGUGUUAGAGAUGCUGAAAUACAAGCUUUGGAAGACAUCAAUUCUAUAUUAGAAUCGUCGGGAAAAAAUGUAAAUGAUUAUGGAAUAGUUUCAUUCUUUAUAAAUAUAGAUGAGACUCAAAGAUUGGUAAGAAUGAUUGCAGAGGAAACAAUGAAUUUUAAUAUUCAACGAGACUUUAAUUGUGUAGAGAAAUUCAAUAAAGAACAACGAUUUGCAUAUAAUAAAGUUAUGGAAAAAGUAAAAAAUGACUCAAGUGGUACUUUCUUCAUUGAUGGUCCAGGGGGAACGGGGAAGACUUUUUUAUACAAAGCACUUCUAACUGCUGUAAGAGGUCAACAUUUGAUUGCUUUGGCAACAGCGUCUUCUGGAGUCGCUGUGUCUCUGUUACCUGGAGGUCGCACAUCUCAUUCAAGAUUUAAAAUUCUUUUAGAAACAAUUGGUGAAGUGAAUUGUUCUGUUAGCAAGCAAUCAGCUUUAGGAAUAAUGUUGAAAAAUGUCUAG